AUGUCGACAUCGAAGCUAGCGCUCAAAGGCUCUUCCAAAAUAGUAGCAGACUACUUUGAAUUCGCAAUAAAUAGUAUCCUAUUCCAGCGAGGAAUAUACCCUGUUGAAGAUUUCAUAACUGUGCGAAAAUAUGAUUUACCAAUGCUUGUUAAUAACGAUGAGGAUGUGAAGAACUACAUACUGAACAUAAUGCAACAAUUGAAGAAAUGGAUAUACGGCCGUAAGAUUACUAAACUUAUUGUUGUUAUCUUAUCCAAAAAUUCUGGUGAAAAUAUCGAAAGAUGGGAAUUUAAUAUAGAAGCAAAGAUGGAUGACCAAGACACGAGGGAGCGAAGCGAGCUAGUGGAACAGUAUGUAGUAUCAACAGGGCAGAGCAAGAGUAAAGAGGAAAUACAAAAGCAGAGCAAGAGUAAAGAGGAAAGGCAGGAGCAGAGCAAGAGUAAAGAGGAAAUACAAAAGGAAAUCAGGGCGAUUAUUCGUCAAAUCACGUCAUCUGUAAGUUACUUGCCUGUAUUGAAAGACGACGACUAUACUUUCAAUGUCUUGGUAUACACCGAUCCCAAAACUAGUAUUCCGAUACAAUGGUGUGAUACAAAUGGAGAUGGCAGGACUCUAGAAGGCGAUAAUGUGGAUCAAAUUGAUUUUGCAAGUUUCAGCACCGACAAACAUAAAGUGAAUACUUCAGUUAGCUAUAAAUUUGGAUAA